CCGAGGUCCGGGAGGGUGUGCACGCGGACGGCGGGCUCCGCCCUCAGCCCCCACCCUCGGUAGGCCGGCGUUUCCCCCGUGAGAAACGCCCCUCCGUCCCGGCCUCCGCCUGGAGUGUCUUCAGUCUCCGAGUUUCCCUGCCCGCCUUGAGGAGUCCGGGGGGUAAAGGUGGGGCCGAGGCGCCAGGAACACCUCCCCCCCCACGCCUCUUUCAGCCCGAGGUCGGCCCAGCAGGGAUGGGCGGCGAGAUCUGGCUGCCCUUCCCGGUGGUGCUCUUGGGUGCUCUGCUGCUGCCGGGGGCGGCCGGCUUCACGCCCUCCUUAGACAGCGACUUCACGUUUACCCUUCCGGCGGGCCAGAAGGAGUGCUUCUACCAGCCCAUGCCCCUGAAGGCCUCGCUGGAGAUCGAGUACCAAGUUUUAGAUGGAGCAGGAUUAGAUAUUGAUUUCCAUCUUGCCUCUCCAGAAGGAAGAACCUUAGUUUUUGAACAAAGAAGAUCAGAUGGAGUUCACACGAUAGAGACAGAAGUUGGUGACUACAUGUUUUGCUUUGAUAAUACAUUCAGUACCAUUUCUGAGAAGGUGAUUUUCUUUGAAUUAAUCCUGGAUAACAUGGGAGAACAGGAGCAAGAACAAGAGGACUGGAAGAAAUACAUUACUGGCACAGAUAUGUUGGAUAUGAAACUGGAAGACAUUCUGGAAUCCAUCAACAGUAUCAAGUCCAGACUAAGCAAAAGUGGUCAUAUCCAGACUCUGCUUAGAGCAUUUGAAGCUCGUGAUCGAAACAUACAAGAAAGCAACUUUGAUAGAGUCAAUUUCUGGUCUAUGGUUAAUUUAGUAGUAAUGAUGGUGGUGUCAGCCAUUCAGGUUUAUAUGCUGAAGAGUCUGUUUGAAGAUAAGAGGAAAAGUAGAACUUAAAACUCCAAACUUGGGUAUUUAACGUUGAAAAAAAGGACAGAAAAAUGCAAUAAACUAUUACAGUCGACUAUUAAUAGUCUUUUCCAAAACAUUUUCAGGCAUUAUCAUAAGUAUAAUUUCAGUGUGAAAGAAAAGUCUUCACUGUCAUCUGUACAAGUAAUCUUACUGUUCCAGUUGUACUUAAGUGUAUAACAAAUAACUUACAGGGUACAGAUACAAAUGAAUGAAGCCAUAUUAAUAACGGCAGUUUCCUAAUUUGAAAAAAUUUUGCAAUUGUCUUAGGUGAUUUAAAUAAAUGAACUUUGGGUCUAAAUGUAACACCAGACAAUGUUUUUAAAAGAUUCUCUUACCCAGAAAUUUCUUUGUAAAUGUGACAAUUGCAAAUUGUAGAAUUUUUCAGUAUAUUAAGUUAUAAAUCACCUGCAAAUUACCUAAUCAUGGAUAUCUUCAGAAGACAAAGACUCAACUUUUUCCAUGUAUCUCCUAUGAUGUAAAUACAAGCAUAGCUAUGAAAAACAGAUGGGAGAUUUUUUAGAACCAAGUAUGUUUCAUUUUAAAACAUAGGCAGAAAGCAUUAGUUUUAUAUACUUAGCCUGUACUCAUAAAAGCUGACAUUUUGAAUAAUUCUUAAAAAUGCUGUCAAACUUACUAAAAUUAGGACAGAUUUUCACUUUGAAGUGAAGAAUAGUUAUAGAUUGCUCUCAGUCUCCCUAAGGAUACAUUCUGUCUAGUCCUUAACUAAGAUAUAGGAUCUUAAAAUUAAAUGUGAGGGAAAAUAAUUUUAUUUUGUAUUACCAACAGUGUUAUGUUAGUUUUAACAUAUUUACUGACUUAGAUGAUACAUUAUUACCAGCAGUUGUGAAGGAAAUGUUGCUAAAAGAAUCCGGGCCUAAUAUAAAUAUCUCCUUUUUUGAGUUCUCAAAAUCAAUAAAGAAUAAACUCAAUAUAAAAGAAAUUAGGGAAAUCUGAGAAUAUCCAGUCAAAAUAAAGUUGACUUAAACUAUAAAUAAGUAUCUGGAAUCUGGUUGGCUCAUAAUAAUGACUCAAUCCUAAUAUCAAUCAUGAGAUUAAUUUUCAGUUAACUGGAAGAAACUGAGUUUUGGCUGUGGGUUUUAUUUUUUACAAUUGUUUUAUUCUGUUUUGAAUUAUCUUUCAAUUAUUCAGGUACAUUUUAUGGAACAUAAACUCUCCUGGGGGUACAUAUUUAUUACAGUUUUUAUUGUAACGUACAUAAAAUGACAUUUCUGACCACUUUAUUUACUGACAUUCAAGCAAGGAUUGGAAACCCACAGAAUUCCAAGUUUAAACACUCAGUAUGUGAGUGACCGUAUCGGCUCUGCCAUCCCCUCUUACUCAAGUACUAGUAAUUUAGUUACAUUAUGAAUGGCAUAGAGUUUUUAGGUUACACCCAUUUGUAAUAUUGUUUAUGACGUAGGAGUUCAAAACAAUCAACUUACAAACUUGAGUGCAGAACAACGUCUGUAGGUUAGAACUGCUGGGACUGUGAAUGAGCAAUAAUGAUAUCCAGAGAGUGGUUUCAUCUGUAAUUUACACUUCAAGAGUGGUCCAGAAAGAGAUACAUUCCCCCCUAUUCUUUUUGGGAGAAUAGAAGCUUAGGUUUCCCUUCUCUGAACCUUUUUAAAAAUGAGAUACAUAAAUGCCAUCCAUAGAUGACUGAGUACCUUAACUGGCCAAGAAAGUGCUUUAUAAGUGUUCAGGAGUAGCCCCUGUAACACAAGGGCCAGUAAGAUUAUUGCCCAUGAGGAGCCCCCCCCCCCCGUCCCCUUCUGCUAAACUCAUGGUGAGAAGCAAAAAAGUACUAUACCUAAUGAACAACACAGACACAAACUACUGCAUCUUUCCCACGAAACUGUGAUUAAGAUUCUACCUCUUAACGUAUGGCUGGUUACUGUGCUGUGCUCCGUCCGACUCCUUCCCUGACAAUGACUUUGUUACAUCCUCGUCCACAUGUGAUUUGUGCCACUAAUUUUACACCUUUGGUUCAGUGACUUCUCAAUAUAUAAUAAUGGCCUUAUUUGGAGAACAAAUUUAGGAAUAUUGAGGACAAUUUUAUUUUUAUAGACAAAGCGAAAAGAGAGAUUAUUUAAGAAGCAUGUUACCUGUAUUAUCUAAAAAGUAAAAUUUGUAAGCAAAGAACUAAAUUCUUUAAUAUUUCUAAAGGAAUAUUGUUUAUCUGCAUCAUAUGGUUUUAUAAUGUCAGUAUUCAGUUUUGAAACUGAAGUUAGGCUAAAGUUGAGUAAGCUAUUUAUCACUUAAUAUGCUUUUGUCUUCAGGUUUUAAUUAUGUACACUUUUAAAAUACAAUAUUUAAGGCCUAGAGUUCCACUAUGAUUUGCAUUCGGUUCAUUAAUGAUUGCUGUUCUUUCAUGUGAACGUCAAGACAUAGAAGGUGAAUAAGUAGUUGAAAUAACAUUGAAAUGAAUUACAAACUGACAUGUAAUUUUACGUUAGGUGUGUUUAUCCUUCUUAAGCAUUGUGUCCUAAAAUUGAUAAAAAAUUGAGUCCCUGUAACUGUAUGCUUCCCCAAAGAAAAGUCUUUAUCUGAAGUUUUUAAAUAAAUGGAUUCAUUCUGUGA